AUGGAUUUAGAACCGCUCCCGAUUGAUGGCGAGGCCAGCCGCGCUCGUCAGAGCGAAUAUGUGGAUAUGACUCUCCUUCAUCUCCGCAUGAAGUUGCGUGACAUGGGCAUUGAAUUCGAAGAGGCGGAGCUCGCAACGGCGCCCACACAUUUUGCAGAACGAUUAUUGAACUACCUCCACGCAUUCGAGGAGCGGGAGUCCGCAUUGCGAGAAGCGACGACGGAGCACCAGACACAGCUGAAGCAGGAACGCAAAAGACUGGAGACGCUGCAGGAGGCCACAGAAAAAGUGAGAAGUGAGGUGGCGAUAUUAUCCGGUCGAAUCAGCUCCGCACUAAGCAACUACCGCAGCGAGGAAAAACUAGAGGCGCAGCGCCGGCGGGAGCGACAGCGAGACGUGCAAGAUACUGUGCGCCAAAUCGAGAAGAAGGAGCUCGAGCUCAGGCGAGAGACCAUGGAGCAUGACCGGUUAGGUAAAAUGUUACAGAAAGUCCAAAAGUGA